CUCUGCGCUCUGGGACGGCACUCGGUAACGAAACUACAAUUCCCAGGGUGUACUGGGAACAGCAACUGCGUCUGAGGACCUGAAAGUAUCUGGUCGGGUGCGCGUGAGGAUCUGUCAAAUCCGGAGCUGAGAUUUGAAAGUGUACGCACAUUCCCGGUAGAAUUACACCCCUUUCGUAACGAACUGCGUGCGUUUGCAGGGGGUUUCCUCAUUAAAACGAAAACAACACGUGAACAGGUUUCUGAUCAACCGUGUGUGCAAGACCGAAUGAGUUUUCUGUUGCGCAGUAAACUGAAAACUUUCACCUAUCUGCCCGAUGAGUAGCAAUGCAGCCAGUCCCAUGUCAGCUGGAGGGAAUAUGGCAUCAAGCAGUGGGAAAGGAUCAGGAAAGUCGACCAGCUUCGUUGCAGAACUUCAGACAAUGAUGUAUGCUCUGGGGGAUGCUCGCCGACCGCUCCAGGAGACUGCAGUUUUGAUUGAAGAUGUUGUACAUUCUCAGUUGAUUAACUUGUUGCACCAGGCUGCUGAAAUCUCACAGGUCAGAGGAGCUCGAGUCAUAGCAGCAGAAGACAUCUUGUUUCUAAUGCGGAAAGACAAGAGAAAAUUACGACGAUUGCUAAGGUAUAUGAGUUUCCGGGAUUUCAAAUCCAAAAUCGUUAAGGGUGUUGAAGAUGAAGAUAUUAUUGAAGCAGACAAAUCCAGCAGCAGUAUAAACAAGCGGCAGAAACUUUACCAAGAAUUCCUCAGUUCUAUUGACCAAACAGGGGAGCUGCUGGGCUUGCUUGAGGAGGAUGAUGCUGAUGAAGUCAAACAGGAGCGACUGGAGAGAGCUGAGCGCCAAACUCGAACGAUGGAUUCAUCGCAGUAUGCAGAGUACUGUGAGAGCCGCCAGCUGAGUUUUGCCAAGAAGUCAAGUAAGUUUAAAGACUGGCUGGACUGCAGUAGCAUGGAGGUCAAGCCAAAUCCAGUCGCAUUGGAGAUCAUGGCAUACCUAGCGUAUGAAACAGUGGCCCAGCUGGUGGACCUAGCCCUCUUGGUGAAGCAAGAUAUGACCGCUAAAACUGGUGAUCCAUUUAAUAAUGCCAGAUCUACGAUACUUGCACAUCAUAACACUGCGAUGCCUGAGAUGCAACUUCAUGUUCAACCUGUGAACAUAAAGAACAAUCCUGAAUCUCCUGAGAAUACACCUCCAUCAACUCCAACUACACCAGCAUCAACAGUGCCACAUGUGUCUAAAACCCAUUCAGGAAAUGUGGGCAAUGGAAGCUUGGGUCAAGAUUCCAGCAAUUCCAAGGCAAAAACUCGCAAGCGAAAAAAGAGUGCUGCAGCUUGUGGUUUAGAGACUCACAGUGAUGCCAUCCAGCCCAGCCACAUCAGAGAGGUGAUCCGACGGUACAGCCGCAAAAUUGGCCCUCUUUCUCCAUUCACAAGUGCAUACCGCAUAACUGGAAUGACGUUUCUGGCCUGCUGAAAACGGAAGGAACAAGAAGCUUGUUGUUAGUGAAACAAGGCUCUGCCAGUACAGUGUAUACCUGUGUUUGUGUGUGUUGGGUGAGCAGUUGUGACAAUUCACUGACCUGCACAUUGCCAUCAAUCCCGUUUACUUGUCCAAAUGUUUUAGUCAAUUAAAGCCAGAUGUUUGGUGUGUACAUAGGUGGACAGAAGCACAGAUUACUAGCCGCCACUUGUAUCCAUUUGUGUUAUAUUGAUCAAACUGAAUGAAAUCAUUGUUGCCCAAGUACUUGUAAGGAGUAAUAUUUUGCAUUUGUACUCACUGUGUAAAUCCUCAUCCACAUUAAGAAUAUUUGGGUACACAGCCAACAGGGUUGUGAAGCCAGUAGAUUACUUUUAUUCUAAUUUAAAUUCAAAAUGUUUAUUUCUGAAUGAUACUGUUUGAUUUCUAAGUUCCCUACAAUUACCCAACUGAAGAAAUUACGUCAGGUUUAUAAAAUAAGUGACCAACUUUUGCAUGAUAAUUUUUCUGUAAUAAGGCAAAGUUAACUGUCUUAGUUAAGUGAUCUGUCAUUUUCAAGGAACUGUUGUCAAGUUUUUGCAUUUUAAAGAGCAUCUAGAAAUAUUAACAAUCUGAAAGCCUCUUAGUUUUCCAUAUUUGCAUGUGUAGACAAUGAAAAUGUUGAAAUCAGUUUGCAAGGUCCACAAAGGUCAGGAUUGUUUUAGAAGGCCAUUGAAAAAAAUGGGAAUUAAAUGUCUCAUUGUCACCAAAUGUAUGUUGUUUUUUCCUUAUUCUCAUGUUUGUGAGUCCAUACCUUUUCUACAAAUUGCUGUUAAAAUCCAGUGUGUAGAAUUCAAACUUUUUAAAUAAACUUUUGCAAUUAUCAAAUGAUUUAUCUAC